AUGAACGUGAGGAACGUGAACAUGAUGCAGAAAACCCAGUUCCACUUCACGCCACAGCAGCAGCAACAGCAGCAGCAGAAUGCCCAGGUCAACUUCGUGGCACAGCAGUUGCAACAGCAGCAGAAUGCCCAGGUCAACUUCGCGGCACAGCAACAGCAGCAGAAUGCCCAGGUCAACUUCGUGGCACAGCAGUUGCAACAGCAGCAAAAUGCCCAGGUCAACUCCGUGACACAGCAGUUGCAACAGCUGCAGAAUGACCAGGUCAACCUCAUGCGGAUGCAGCAGCAGCAACAGCAGCGGCUGCUGCAGCAGCAGCAGCAGCAGCAGAGUGGGGGCUUCAGCCUUGCUCAGCUGAUGUCGAUGAUGUCGCGGAAGGUCGAAUUCGAAGAAAGACCCACAGCGGAUCUGCUGCAAUACGCGAUGCCCCAGUCGCUCCUCGGGCCGCAGACCGAGGAGCCUCCUUCAGCACCUGCCGAGCUCCCCGUCGCAUCGCUGCAGAAGCUCCGGCAAGGGGAUCGCGCAGCUGUUGAAACAGCCCUGGACGGCCUGAGAAGCCGCGGCUUCGUUUGGGUGAAUUUCGAGGAGGCGGAUGCCUUGAGUCAGGCCGCGGCAGCCGCACUGCCAGCUGCAGGAGCCUUCCUAGCGGAAGCUGGGGCGUCCGGCAGGCCUCAUGCCAUGCAAGGGCAUUUCAGUGCGGCCCAGAAAGACGGCCUCCGCUUCGUGACUGGUGCCUGGCUAGACCGCACGACGGGCCUGGAGUCGGUGCAGGCUGAGACGCAGGCACAGCUGAAGAACCUGGCAACGCAGUUUGAUCGUGCGCAGCUUGAUAUCGUGGCAGCCUUGGGCCCCACGAUGCUGAGAGGCAUGUACCGAGAGAAGCUCUCAAACAGCGAGGUCGUGGAAAAAGUUGGGGAGAUCUUCGACAUCCCCUUGCUGCAGCCCGCGCAGCAAGGGAUGACUCCGUAUGGGCUGCUGGACGUCGUGCGCUACAGGAUGGGGGCUGAGAGUCCUGAAGAAGUCGUCGCUGCACACGCCGAUCCCGGGCUUUUUAUCCUGAGCUUGCCCUGUGCCUCCCCGGGCCUGGAGCUCCGGGACGAGUCCAUGGGUUGGCGCUCGCCCCCGGCUGGCCUUGGCGUCCUCUGGGCCGGGGAAGCGGCCGUCGGGCCGUCGCGUAUGCUGAAGACUGGCAUUCACCGCGUCCGCGCGACGCCUGACAGGUCCCCACGCCUGUCGGCAUGGCAUGAGCUUUGCACACGAGCCCAGCUGUGUCCUCCCAUGUUCCAAGCCCUGGAAGAGAACGGGAUGGAGUUGCGGUUGGGGGACCUGCGCGGAACAGAUGCAGUGCUGAGGCAGCUGCAGGCCGCGGAGGACCACCGCAACCGGCUCCUGGAAGCCCAGCUGGUGCAGCGCCGCGGCGUGCCUGUUGGCAAGUCCGGCGUCCGCGUUGUGGAGGAGUACGUGCCAAUCCGGAGUGACGACCUGACCAGUGACAUGAGCCGCUUUAUGCAUUUCAAGACGAACGUCUUUCUGCAGGGACCGCCACCACCUGGUAUGGUCGAGAUCGUGAGGAAGCAGGGCGGGGCGAUGGAGAUCGAUGGUUAA